UAUCCCAGUCGGAAACCCCUCCACGUGAGCACAAAUGGCGAAAUGUUUCAGUAACAAUAAUCUGUCAUUUGAUUUCCUAUGAAGUAAAAAUCGUUGAUAAUAAAUCUCAAUAGUUUUUUAGGCUUUUAUUAGGAGAAAGUAGUGAAGUACUGAUUUUCAUAGCAUAAACAGUUGAUUUAUUUUUUUUGAAAAUGACGUACAUGAAUUCUUGGGAGGAGUUUGAGAAGGGAGCAGAGAGGUUAUACCUUCAGGAUCCAUUGAAGGCACGUUACUCCAUGAAGUACUGUCACAACAAGGGAGUUUUAAGCCUCAAGUUGACUGACAAUAGAACGUGUUUGCAAUACAAAACUGAAAUUGCUCAAGAUCUCAAGAAAAUGGAGAAAUUCAUAGGGAACCUAAUGAGGCACAUGGCAUCUAAGGAUAAUUAAAUAUCCAAUAAAACUUAGGUACAAUAUAUUUUUUAAUAAAAAAGUUGAAACAA